CCCCUCCCAGUCCCAAUCCCCAUGGACCCCCUGCAGUCCCUGCAGCUCCUGGCCAGUGACAACCUCUCCUUCUUCUCCCCGUCCCGCUCCACCUCGGGCACCUCGCGGCGUUUCUGCGACGCCUGCGCCGCCCUCCUGCGCCACGGUCGCCACCUGGGCCCCGCCGUGGCCCACCUGAGCCGCGUGGCUCCCGACUUCGACCUGGACGAAGCCACGCCGGGCAACGGCUACCGCAGCUUGCUGCAGGUGGUCCACGAGUGCCUGCAGAGGGCCGUGGAGCGGAGCCGCUUCGUGGCCACGCACCGGGGGAGCCUCUUCUUCCGCGGCGCGGCCAACGCGGCCGAGCUGGAGGCGCUGGCGGCGGCGCUGGCCCAGCUGCGGGCGCUGCUCGCCCUCGCCGCGAGGAUGGCGCAGGUGGCCCGGGGAGGCUGCCUGUUCCCCGACGGCGUCAAGCAGCAGCAGGAGGAGGAGGAGGAGGAGGAGGAGGAAGGCAUCAGCGAGGUGGUGCUGCGGGAGUACAGCACGAUGCAAAACGGCUGCUUCUACGGCCGCUGCCUCGGCUUCCAGUUCGUGCCGUCCCUCCGGCCGUUCCUGCAGACCCUCGCCAUCGGCCUCGUGUCCUUCGGGGAGAACUACCGCAGCCGCGACCCCGGCAUCGGGGUCGCUGCGGGGUCGCUUUUCACGAGCGGCAAAUUCGCGCUGGACCCGGAGCUGCGCGGAGCCGAGUUCGAGCGCCUGACCCAGAACCUGGACGUGCAUUUCUGGAAGAGCUUCUGGAACCUCACCGAGACCGAGCUGCUGGCGUCGGUGGCCUCGCUGGCGGCCGUGCAGGUGGGGCGUGUGCCGCGCCCUGGCCGUGCCCCCCCGAGCCCCUGGAGCUGCCGCUGGCCCGGGACCCCCUCCCGGAGCGUCACCAUCGCCCCCCCCGGGGCCCACACCGGCCCGGGGCCCGUCCACCUGCGGCUGCUCUCCUACCACCUGCGCCAGGGCCAGGUGCGCCUCCGGGGCCGGCUCCGGCCAAUCCGGGCCAGUUCGGGCCAAUCCGGGCCAAUCCGGGCCAGUUCGGGCCAAUUCGGGCCAAUUCGGGAACGUUCGCGGCAAAUUUGGGCCAAUUCGGGCAAAUUCGGGCCAAUUCGGGCCAAUUCGGGAACGUUCGGGCAAAUUUGGGCCAAUUCGGGCCAAUUUGGGCCAAUUCGGGCCAAUUUGGGCAAAUUCGGGCCAAUUCGGAAAAUGCGGGCCAGUUCCGGCCAAUCCCGGGCAAAUUCGGGCCAAUUCGGGAAAAUGCGGGCCAAUUCGGGCCAAUUCGGGCCAAUUCGGGAGCGUUCGGGCCAGUUCCGGCCAAUCUGGGCAAAUUCGGGCCAAUUCGGGCCAAUUCGGGAGCGUUCGGGCAAAUUCGGGCCAAUCCGGGCAAAUUCGGGCCAAUUCAGGCAAAUUCGGGCCAAUUUGGGAACGUUUGGGCCAAUUCGGGCCAAUCCGGGAGCGUUCGGGCCAAUUUGGGCCAAUUUGG